AUUCCUGCAGGGAGGGAGGAGAGAAGGCGACGGUGGGAGGGGGAGGUACCUGGGACUGGGAGUGAUGUCAGCUCCCGGCGCGGUGCCUGCCCGGAUUCCUGCCAUGGUGUAGGGCAGGCAGGGUGGGGAAGGCGCCGGAGAGGACCCGAGCGCGCAGAGCCCGCGGCGGGGCCCGAGUGCUGGGGCUUUGAACUCCGAGGGAGGGAGGACCAGAACUUUUGGAACUAGCGCCGGUGGCUCGCCACCCCCCAGUAUAAAAGAAUUUGUAUGGAUCAGUUUGCUUAGUAUAGUCAAGAUUUGAAGAGCUAAAAUCAGUAUUAAACCUGUUUUUUGAAAAUAUCUAGGUUGGACUUUGCCUUGACAAAUAAGAAAAUGAUGAGUGACGCAAGUGACAUGUUGGCUGCGGCGUUGGAGCAGAUGGAUGGUAUCAUAGCAGGUUCUAAAGCCCUGGAAUAUUCCAAUGGGAUUUUUGAUUGCCAGUCCCCCACUUCUCCUUUCAUGGGAAGCUUGCGAGCUCUGCACCUUGUGGAAGACCUGCGUGGACUGUUGGAGAUGAUGGAAACAGACGAGAAGGAAGGCCUGAGAUGCCAGAUCCCCGACUCGACAGCAGAAACGCUUAUUGAAUGGCUUCAGAGUCAAAUGACAAACGGACACCUUCCUGGGAACGGAGAUGUGUAUCAGGAAAGGCUGGCACGUUUAGAAAAUGAUAAAGAAUCCCUCGUACUUCAGGUAAGUGUGUUAACAGACCAGGUGGAGGCUCAGGGAGAGAAGAUUCGAGAUUUGGAGUUUUGUCUGGAAGAGCACAGAGAGAAGUUGAAUGCCACAGAAGAAAUGCUGCAGCAGGAGCUUCUGAGUAGGACAUCCUUAGAAACUCAGAAAUUGGAUCUGAUGGCUGAAAUAUCUAACUUGAAGUUGAAAUUGACGGCUGUGGAGAAGGACAGAUUAGAUUAUGAAGACAGAUUUAGGGACACAGAGGGGCUAAUUCAGGAGAUCAAUGAUUUGAGGUUAAAAGUCAGUGAAAUGGACAAUGAGAGACUUCAGUAUGAAAAAAAGCUUAAAUCAACCAAAUCUUUAAUGGCCAAACUUUCUAGCAUGAAAAUCAAGGUGGGUCAGAUGCAGUAUGAAAAGCAGCGGAUGGAACAAAAACAGGAGUCACUGAAGGAUGAACUGGCAUCUUUAAAAGAACAACUGGAAGAAAAGGAAGCUGAAGUAAAAAGACUACAUGAAAAAUUGGUUUCCAAGAUGAAAGGAGAAGGGAUUGAAAUUCUUGAUAGAGAUGAAAAUUUUAAAAAGAAGCUCAAAGAAAAAAAUGUUGAAGUACAAAAAAUGAAAAAGGCUGUGGAGUCUUUGAUGGCAGCAAAUGAAGAAAAGGAUCGGAAAAUAGAAGAUCUUCGACAGUGCCUGAACAGGUACAAGAAAAUGCAAGAUAUGGUGGUACUGGCCCAAGGUAAAAAAGGCAAAGAUGGCGAGUAUGAAGAUCUGCUCCAUUCCAGCUCCAUCUCGGCUUUGUUGGACACACAGGGUUUUAGUGACCUGGAGAAAAGUCCACCACCUACUCCAGUCACGGGAUCUCCCAGUCGUGACCCAUUUAACACAAGUGCUCCCGAAGAGUUCCAUACCAGCAUCUUGCAAGUUUCAAUCCCUUCAUUAUUGCCAGCAUCUAUAGACGUGGAAACUUCUGAAAAUUCAAAGUUGCCUCCUAAGGCAGAGACUUCAUUUGAAGAGAAUGAUGGAAAAAUAAUCCUUGGUGCUGCUGUGGAAACCCAGCUAUGUGAUAGUGUUUUAAUUUCAAGUCUGCAAAAGUCCAGCAGCCUGGGCAAUCUGAAGAAAGAGCAAUCAGAUGGGGAAAAGGAGUCUAUUCAGAAGCCUUCAGAGGAUAAACCUCCAGCGGAAAGCCCGUUCGGGAGCCUCCCUCCCAAAGCUCCAGGACACAAUGCCUCCAUGGAUGACAACCCCUUUGGCACUCGAAAAGCCAGAUCUUCCUUUGGCCGGGGCUUUUUUAAAAUCAAAAGUAACAAGAGGACAGCAAGUGCCCCAAACCUGGAUCGUAAACGAAGUGCCAGUGCACCCACCUUAGCUGAAACAGAAAAGGAGACAGAGCACCUAGAUCUGGCAGGUGUGUCUUCUCGGCCAAAAGGUUCCCAGGGGAACAGUUCCUUCCAGAUAUCUCCACCAUCUCCGGAUUCCAAAAAGAAAUCCAGAGGUAUCAUGAAACUCUUUGGAAAACUUAGGAGAAGUCAGUCAACGACAUUCAACCCAGAUGACAUGUCUGAGUCUGAAUUCAAAAGAGGAGGGACAAGGGCAACUGCAGGGCCCCGACUGGGUUGGUCUCGAGACUUGGGACAGUCUAACAGUGACUUGGAUAUGCCAUUUGCCAAAUGGACCAAGGAACAAGUGUGCAGUUGGCUCGUGGAACAGGGCUUGGGCUUCUACCUGAAUUCUGGCAAGCACUGGAUUACAUCUGGCCAAACGCUUUUGCAGGCUUCUCAACAAGAUCUAGAGAAGGAACUUGGAAUCAAGCAUUCCCUUCAUCGAAAGAAACUCCAGCUGGCACUGCAAGCCCUGGGAUCCGAAGAAGAAACCAAUCAUGGGAAGCUAGAUUUCAACUGGGUCACUAGAUGGCUGGAUGACAUUGGCCUCCCCCAGUACAAGACUCAGUUUGAUGAAGGACGGGUAGAUGGUCGAAUGCUCCAUUACAUGACUGUUGAUGACCUGCUGUCUUUGAAGGUGGUGAGUGUGCUACACCAGCUCAGCAUCAAAAGGGCCAUCCAGGUCCUGAGGAUCAAUAACUUUGAACCAAACUGUCUCCGGAGGCGCCCAUCUGACGAGAAUAGCAUCGCCCCAUCAGAGGUUCAGCAGUGGACCAACCAUCGAGUGAUGGAGUGGCUACGCUCCGUGGACUUGGCCGAAUACGCCCCCAACCUCAGAGGCAGUGGUGUCCAUGGUGGGCUCAUGGUUCUAGAACCUCGUUUUAAUGUAGAAACAAUGGCUCAGUUAUUGAACAUCCCACCAAAUAAGACUUUGUUGCGAAGGCAUUUAGCCACUCAUUUCAACCUUCUGAUCGGUACUGAGGCCCAACGCCAGAAGCGAGAUGCCAUGGAGUUACCAGACUAUGUACUACUAACAGCUACUGCCAAAGUGAAGCCAAAGAAACUUACCUUCAGCAAUUUUGGGAAUCUGAGAAAGAAGAAACAAGAAGAUGGUGAAGAAUAUGUUUGUCCAAUGGAAUUGGGACAGGCAUCAGGAAGCGCAUCUAAGAAAGGAUUUAAAGCUGGUUUGGACAUGCGCCUAUAUGAUGAAGAUGAUUUGGACCGAUUAGAGCAGAUGGAAGAUUCAGAAGGGACAGUGAGACAGAUAGGUGCAUUCUCUGAAGGCAUCAACAAUCUGACGCACAUGUUAAAAGAAGACGACAUGUUUAAAGACUUUGCUGCCCGUUCCCCCAGUGCCAGCAUCACAGACGAAGACUCAAAUGUUUGACCCUAGCACCUGGGUGAACAUGAGGAGCUCUUAGUCUUUCCUCCACUUUCUUCUCCAAACUCUCACAGUAUAUAUACAAGCAACAGUCUGUAUAUUGUUUAUCCAUCCAGCUUCUGCUUACUGAGAAGCAGGGGAGACGUGCCAAUUCUGAAGGUGCCACGCAAAAUGAGACACUGGCAAAUGAGAGUAUAAUUGUUUUUCCUCUAUUUAAUGUAAAAAUAUGUGAUAUAUUUUAUUUAAAGUGUUGCAUUUAAGAUGA